AUGGACAACUCCUUCAAUGAGGAUAAUGUGGAGAAGGAAGUAGCAUUCCUUGCAAAGAACUUCCAAAAAUUUCUGAAGAUGAACAACAGUGGGAAGCCUUUCAACAAAGGAAAGUUUUCAUCUCCCAAGGGCGAUAGGAAGGAAUUUAGGAAGAAAAAUGGGAAGGAGUCUCAAUCUACUCAAGAAAUCACUUGCUUCGAGUGCAAUGGACAUGGGUAUGUCAAGAAAGAAUGUCCUAAUUAUUUGAGAAUGAAGGGCAAGGCAUAUGCCACAACUCUCAAUGAUUCGGACGCUUCUAAUUCAAAUUUGGAAGAGAGCUGUGAUGGAUAA